AACGUCGGGUGCCGCGGCGCGCCUUUCAUUCCGCGAUCAGACGAUAGAAGUCGCGCUUUCCUGCCUCUUCUCUUCCCGUCGCUGCGGACCUAACGCGCCAUCGGUUACAAUGGCAUCAGAUGAAGGAAAGCUCUUCGUGGGUGGCCUGAGUUUUGAUACCAACGAGCAGUCCCUGGAGCAAGUGUUCUCCAAAUAUGGACAAAUUUCCGAAGUUGUGGUGGUGAAAGACCGGGAGACCCAGAGGUCCAGAGGAUUUGGUUUUGUUACAUUUGAGAACAUUGACGACGCGAAAGACGCGAUGAUGGCCAUGAAUGGAAAGUCCGUGGACGGGCGUCAAAUAAGAGUUGACCAGGCAGGCAAAUCGUCAGAAAACCGGUCCCGUGGCUACCGCGGUGGAUCGUCUGGUGGCCGAGGGUUUUUCCGUGGCGGCAGGGGCCGGGGGCGUGGCUUCUCCAGAGGUGGCGGAGACCGAGGGUACGGGGGAAGCAGAUUUGAGUCUCGAAGCGGGGGCUAUGGUGGUUCCAGAGACUACUACAGCAGCAGCCGGAGUCAAGGAAGCUAUGGGGACAGAUCCUCCGGGGGCUCCUACAGAGACAGCUAUGACAGUUAUGCUACACACAACGAGUAAAAAUCCUUCCUGACUCAAGAUCGUCCCUCCAAUGGCUGUAUUUAUAAAGAUUUUGGGAGCUUCGCUGAAUCGUUAUUGUGUAGUACAUCUACUUGGAUUUUCACUUUUGUAGCAUUCUCAGUUCUGGUCUUGUCAAACACAGCCUGACAGCUUCUGAUUGAAACAAGAUGGCCUAAUUAGACUUUUCCUUAACAAACGCUCUUCUGUCUGUUCUCGAGUGUUUAAGCUGUUCUGAAAGCACUUUGGACUUUAAAAAAAAAAAAAAAAUUCUCUUCUUUUUUUUUUUCCUUUUUUUGGGGGGUCAUGAGCCCAAGGUGUGGUUUUUGGGGUUUUCUUUUUUCUUUUUCUUUUUUCUUUUGCUUUUUCUGAUUUUUUUUUUUUUAAAAAAAAAAAAAACAAACAACAACACAAACUUGGGAUUGGGCCCUAGUAGUUUUCUUGGAUAGUGAGAGAGAGGAGAGGGCCUUGAAUCCAAUGUUCAUUGGAAACUAAGCUGUGGCAGAUUUUUUUUUUUUUAAAACCAUCAGCUUUUGUAACGUUCCUUUAGUGUGACCCUGGGGUACGAGGAGAGGCAGACCACCUUGAUCUAUCUAAAGAGAAACUGCUUGUGUAUGUUCAAUCUGCAUAAAGGUAUUUUUACUGUAUGAUGUAAAUUACCCAGAUAGGAGUCUUGCAAACUUUCCAUAGAAGAGGUUCUUGAAAUUGUUUAUUUAUAUUGUCCUUUUUUUACUGGAAGACGUAUGCAUAUUCCAUUGAUGUUGUAUUUGAAGUGGUUAAGGAAUUCUUGUACACAGUUUCUUUGGCUUUACGAAGCCGAUUAAAAGACAGUCUGAAAUGAACUUUGCUCCUGACAUUUACGUUUCCUUGCACGACACAAUCCUUGAUGGAUAUCUGCACUUCUGAGUAACGGAGCGGACUGCAGAGCAGAGAGCAGAGCCAGUCAGGCUGGUGACCGGCAGCGAGAGAUGCCAAAGAAAUUAUAAUCUUAACACCAGCCUUGGCAUGUGGAGACUCUCGAAGCAUAAUGUCACACAAAAGUAGCCUGCCAAACUGUUGUCUAGUGGCUAGACAAACAGAAUGGGCUAACGAGAGUUGUAACUCUGCUUGGGAUGCAUUUUAUCAGAUGGAAGUCAUUUGGCCAAGUGUAGCCAGUAAACUGUUCAUAUCAAGACAUGGAAAACUUUCCUAGUCAGGACUCAAAGUCUUGUGAUAACUGGAAAAGCAGUGUUUCCAGGGAGAUUUAAAAGAAAAAAAAGCCAUUUGCCUUAAUUAGCUAGCUUUGUCGUUGCCUUACAAGUUCUAAGAAUUCUCUGCUAGCAUAUGGAAACUGCAGUGCCCUUGGAGAACAGAAGUGUUGUGUGCCUCCAGAGAAACCUCUGAGACGAAAGCUGCUCUCUUGGCUAGUUCAUAUGUGGAAAUAGUCCUGUAUUUCGAGGUAACUCCUUUUGCUCAUGUCCGCAUCUUUCCUCCUGUCGAGAGCUCAUUUGAAAGUCUGAUGUGCCUGUGAAAUGUUCCUUUGACUCUUUUAGUCCAACUACGAGUUUAAAAUCGCACCUAUCGGCAUCCUUGACUUGUAGCGCAAACUCAGUUCCUUUGAGUCCGAGCCGGGCAAACAAUGUCUUGCUACUCGGUACGUAAGCGAGAUUGGAAAUCGAAUUUCCCGCCUCGGGGAUUUUCUGUUCAUCUAUUGAGACUCUUCCUAGACAUCAUUUUGACUCGCUCACUUAAGUGUAGUUUUCUCCGCCAUCCUACCUGUUGCCACUUUUUUUUUCCCCACCCCACCCCGGUCCACACAGCCCCUAAACAGCCAUGUCAAAAGUGGCUAACUGUCUCUGCUUAAGGAUCCAAUGUUAUAUUGGCUGGAAUAUCCAAAGGCGCCAGCUGGCCUUGAAGCAGUUUGCCCCCAGCCGCGCUUCUGUGAUGUGAUGGGUUCAGUGACUGACUGGCUGGCUUGCGAAACCCUCGUAAACGGUGUGAAUUGUCUUUGGGGGAGGCAGGGAGGGACUGUGAAAAUCCUUGUGCGGACCUGGUUCUUAACACGCUUUUGCUUUUGACAGGUUGAAGGGGCCAAGUGAUAGCUGACGUGGGCAGCGGAGGCCUGGGUGAAAGCGGAUCCUCGGGGACACGAGUUAAGUGGGGGCCCUGCUCCCGGCGCUCCCUGACCAGGGAGCCUGGGAAACUUGGGAGAGACCGGAUCCUUCGGAUGUCGGAUCCCGAUGGCUUGAAUUAUUAACUUGAAAUACGACGCGGCUGACCGAAAACUCGGCUGUGGAACAAUCACCAGUAACUGGGACUUGAUUGCUGGAUGUCUGAUGUCGUUAUGGGAAAUAAAUUAAGAACUCUGAAGUUGAAAACUUUAGGGCAGAAUAAAUAGUGGAAUAUGAAAAA